CCGUGGUUCUUAUUGGUAGAUGUCUUUGUUUGUGUUGCCGCAAGAGCCAACCACCUCGGUACCUUGGCACAUAGCGUCAACUCGAGACCCCGGAUGCGCCUUCGAUGCUCGAUACCUUACAUAUAAUGUACUCCAACAAGCUCUUUCCCUCUUUUCCGCUGCAGGACCUGAGUUCCGGCAUUGACGAAUGACCUUUUAUUGCGCCCCACCUACCUGGACUGCCGUACCUCCAGGGCUAUUGGAAUCUAAGUUUCGACUUUUUUUUUCUAGCUUUAUCUCUUUUAGGUUUAUCUAUUCAACGUUGAUCGUCCGUCACGUUGGCGUGGUUUAAGCUCGCGGGGAUAAGUAUCCCAAUUUCCUUUCUCCUUUCCCAUCUUUCUCUUUUUAUCCUUUGCUGCACGAGUCAUUUUUUAUUGUCUCAGUGAGGAAACGAAAACUCUGAAGUCAUGUCUCUGCAACGUGUCGGGUCUCUCGAGACCUUCGUCAACGUUCCUACAGAGGGGCGGAGAUCCCGGCGGGGUUCUGCGUCCUCUGUCGCCGCCUCCGAGAGAGCUCGUAAACUCACGUUCAACCCUCUGCCCGAAUCAUGGCAUCCUGUCUUCGACGAUGAAGAUACUCAAGGCCAUCCUGGCCAAUCUCGUGGCGCCUUCGAGGUACCUCAAUGGAAACGAAUACUCCAAGUUGCUAUUAUGGUGGUGUUCUGUCUUUUCGCUGCCGGAGUUGUAUUUGGAUAUGCUGCUUUGAAACCUGUUUUGAAGAAAGAGGGCGCAUACCAAGAGAUAUGCAACGGCGGCGAUACAUGUGUGGAAAUCCAUCUUAAUCUCAUGUUCACCGUUGCUGCUGUUGCCACCAACGUUGCUGCUCUACCUGUCGGUGCAAUUCUUGACCACUAUGGCCCUCGAGUUUCCGGAAUUCUGGGUGCGCUGUUCCUUAGUGUUGGCGCACUCUUCAUGUCCUUCGCUAAGAAUCUGCCCUUCGACGCAUUCCUUUUCGGCUACCUCUUCCUUGCUUUGGGUGGACCCUUUACGUAUAUCUCGUCCUUCCAAUUGUCCAAUGCCUUCCCUCGUCACUCGGGUUUGAUACUGGCGCUGCUCACAGGAGCCUUCGAUGCAUCGAGCGCAUUGUUCCUAGUCUACCGCAUUAUUUAUGGGAAGACGGGAGGGACGUUCGGCCAUCACCAAUUUUUCCUUGCAUACCUCGUCGUACCCGCGGUAAUACUCAUCGUCCAACUCACGAUCCUCCCGAAGCAGUCGUACAAGACAGUGGGAGAAAUGAUCGAAGAAAUCGAGGCACCUACUUUUGGCGAUGACUCCGAUUAUAUCACAGCCGAUGCCAUAAGUGCCGAUGACCAAGUUGAUGAGCAGACUGCGCUUUUGCGAGAAGAACAACGAGAGCACCAUGAAAGUGUUAUACAUGACAUCGAAGAGUUGCUGGGCUCUAGCAAAGCAGACAAGGAUAAACAAGUUGAACGGGAGGAAGUUAGAAACGAGAGGAGUGGCGUAUGGGGUAUAAUGCACAACCACACAGCGUGGGAGCAGAUUCGUUCGCCUUGGUUCGUGUUGAUAUGCUUGUUUACUGUUGUACAGAUGACCCGGAUCAACUAUUUUGUGGCGACUAUCCGCGCUCAGUAUGAAGCCUUGUUCGAUUCCACAGAAAAGGCCAUCGAGAUUAACAACUUUUUCGACCUCGCGCUGCCGCUAGGUGGUAUAAUCUCUAUUCCAUUUAUUGGGGUCAUUCUGGAUCAUACUAGUACCAUUGCGGUAUUGACAACGCUUGUUGUAGCUGCGACAUCUAUUGGGGUUUUAGGUGUGCUGCCGUAUACUUGGGCGGCAUAUGCUAACGUUGUUCUAUUUGUGUUGUACCGUCCAUUUUACUACACAGCUGUCAGUGACUACAGCGCCAAGGUUUUUGGUUUCCGCACUUUUGGUACUGUCUAUGGCACUAUUAUUUGCCUUUCAGGGCUGCUCAAUUUCAGCCAGAGUGGCCUAGAUUACCUCUUUCACCGCACCUUCAACGGUGACCCAGUCCCUGUUAACCUACUCCUACUCACACUUGGUCUUCUCAUUGGCAUCUGCCUUGUAGGGUUUGUCGGGUUGAAGACUAGGCGAUUGAGUAGGAAGAGGGCGGCUGUGGGUUUCGUGAGUCGCGGGGAUUAUUAAAAUGUCCGGCCACUUCUUCCUUUUUCGAAACGAUCUAGAGCACACGAAGCGGCGUUCAAAAAUUUGCAUGGCGAGGUAUUUCGAUCUAUCAGGUGUCAUCUUAUUAUUUAGGUGUGCGGUUGGAUGUUAUAUCUUACGCUUGGCGUUUUUGUUACAGGUGUAUAUACCACUUGGAUUCAGGAUAGGUUACAAGUUAAAUAAAAUUUAUAUACCCCGA